AUGGAAGCUGGCCCAAAGUCUCCUUCGCCGGAAACUUCCAUCUCCGAUGAAAUGGCCGGAAACUUCCCGGAGCUGAUCGACCUACUCUCGCCGGACAUGCCCAUCGAAGAAGAGUUGAUAGAGGAGGUCAUGCAAGAGCUCUACAAGGAGAUAACGCCAACUCCGGCGACGAACACUACCAAGCCGUCGUCACCGGCGGCAGGUUUUCCGACGCCGUCGCUGGUGGUCGGGAACGGGAAGAGCGAGAGCUGCGGGGCGUCAGUUUCCGACUCGGCGUCGACGGUGAUGGCCGGCAUAAAGUUCGUGGAUCCCACCGGGAAUAAUGGGGGGUUUUCGCCUGAGAAUGGGGUUGGGGCGUGGAGUGAAUGCGGUGGUAAUACUAAUAAUGGGUUGGUGGUUGGGAAGGGAGUGAUGGAGCGCUGCGAUGCAGGGGAGGCUGUUGAUGAUGAAUGGUUUGAGAGAGUGAUGAACACGUGGGCCCCAGUGGAUCUUGAUCCAUGGUUCUGA